AUGGGAGGAAACGGGCAGCUUUCAGUCCCUCCAGGAUUCCGAUUCCAUCCCACCGAUGAAGAGCUCCUCUAUUAUUACCUCAUGAAGAAGGUCUCUUAUGAACCCAUUGACCUUGAUGUUAUCAGAGAGAUCGACCUCAACAAACUCGAGCCUUGGGACCUCAAAGAAAAAUGCAGAAUAGGAACAGGACCUCAGAACGAGUGGUACUUUUUCAGCCACAAGGACAAGAAGUAUCCAACCGGAACUCGAACAAAUCGAGCAACCACAGCUGGUUUUUGGAAAGCAACAGGGAGAGAUAAGCCCAUCCAUCUCCCCAACUCUAAGAGGAUUGGCAUGAGGAAAACCCUUGUCUUCUACACAGGUCGUGCUCCUCAUGGCCAGAAGACCGAUUGGAUCAUGCACGAAUAUCGCUUGGACGAUCAUGCCAACUCCCAACUUCAGGAAGAUGGGUGGGUGGUAUGCAGGGUGUUCAAGAAAAAGAAUCUCAGCAGAGCUAAUUUCCAAGUAGAAGAAGAAGAACAUUUGAGUUGUGAGAUUACCAAGCAUGGUGCCAUCAAUUCCUAUUCUGCUAUGGAGCCAAGACAAAGCCAUAAAUUAGACAAUUAUAAUUUUGAUCUUCCACAGUUGUUCAGUCCAGAAUCAGCUGUCCCUCCCCCAUCAUUUGUAUCGCCUGCAACGAUGUCUCUUAACACCAUGGAUAUUGAAUGCUCCCACAACUUGUUGAGGUUGACAUCAACCGGCUCCUCCAGUCUCAUGCCACAACACGGUGGUGAUUGGUCGUUUCUCGACAAACUUCUUGCAUCUUCUUCUUCUUCUUCGCAUCACAGUCACCAUUUGGACACCAAAUCUCAACUUGUUGAUUUGCCCACUUCUUCUACAUCUGAAUUCCCAUUUCAAUACCUUGUCAAUCAACCUGAUUUUUUCAAAUUUAUUCCCAAGUAG